GUUGAGAGAAGAGAGUUGACGAAGACAAGUAGGGGGAGUUAGAAGUUAGAAUUGGCAAGUGGCGUCUAACCUCGUUGGCUUGCUCGAAUUCUCCUUCAAACUCGCAAUCCCUUGAAUUCCACGACAGCCAUGUCUCUGAAAGGCUCCAUUUCGUCGGAGAAUCUGGUGCUUCCGGUCUCCGAUCCUCCCAAGGGCCAAGACCCCUACGCCCCCGACGACAAGCUCUUCAAAGGCUCCGCCUUCACCAAACGCGGUGCCUUCGCCGCCCUCUCUUACAUGUCCUGCGCAGUUCUCUUGGUCAUGUUCAACAAGGCUGCGCUCUCCUCUUAUCGCUUCCAAUCCGCCAACGUCAUCACUCUUCUUCAGAUGGUAUGUUCAUGUUGCUUUCUCUAUUUAUUGAGACGCUGGAGGAUGAUUUCUUUCUCAGCAAAUGAGUCCUUACUUAUAUCAGAUAACUCAACAAAAUUUGUGUCAUUGAAGACUUUGAAGCACACUCUUCCUUUGUCAGGAGCAUAUUUAUUUUACAUGUUAGUCACCAUGGAGUCUGUUCGUGGAGUAAAUGUUCCAAUGUACACAACUCUUAGGAGGACCACAGUGGUAUUUACAAUGUUUGUGGAGUUUGUUCUGGUGGGGCAGAGGUAUACACGUUCUGUCAUUUUCAGUGUCGGCUUGAUUGUCUUUGGCGCAUUUGUUGCGGGAGCACGGGAUUUUUCUUUUGAUGCUUAUGGAUAUGCUGUUGUUUUCAUGUCAAACAUCGCCACAGCAAUAUAUCUUGCAACCAUAGCCCGCAUUGGUUGUAUUCCUAUAGUCUCACUCUCUCAUAAAGUGGAAAUUUUGUACCUUCUUUCCUUCUUAGCCUGCAUUUUCUUAUUUUUAUGGUAUCAUUUCUUUUUGUCAGGGAAAACUAGUGGUCUUAAUAGCUUUGGCCUUAUGUGGUGCAAUGGUAUCAUAUGUGGACCAGUUUUACUCAUCUGGACAUUUGUUCGUGGUGACUUGAAGACAACACUCAAUUUUCCAUAUCUCUUCUCACCUGGUUUUAUCGUAAUUUUGCUUUUUUCCUGCAUAUUGGCAUUCUUCUUGAAUUACUGUAUUUUUCUCAACACAACUCUAAAUUCAGCUGUGACGCAGACAAUUUGUGGUAAUCUGAAGGAUCUAUUUACUAUUGGCCUUGGCUGGAUAAUUUUUGGUGGGCUACCGUUUGAUGUUUGGAACGUAAUUGGGCAGUGUCUCGGUUUUACUGGAUCUGGUUUAUACGCCUACUACAAACUCAUUGGCAAAUAACUUAUCAAGUCCUAUAGAUGAAGUCUUUUUCCAAUUUGGGAGUGCCAUUUGCUUCAGUCAUCUUCCCAUCACCGCAUCCCUCGAAAAUGGAGAAGAAUCUGAAUCAAACUUGGGUCUGGUAACAUGCGAACGACUAAUUUAUACUUCUGGGAAGUUUUGCUAAAUACAAGUUGACAUACAUACAAACAGUUUCUGGGGAAUCAGACGAGAAAGGCUUUCAAGGCUUUACUGUAUUCAAACCUCUAUUGAUCUAAUAGUAUGUUCACCCAUUGCAUUUUGAUGAAUCUCAUGCAUGGCUCCUUGUAAGUUGUAACUGUUAACAAACACUGUAUUUUAAUAGCAAAUUCAUUGCGGGGAGAAAAUUCGACUAAAAGACAAUAUAAGUGUUUACUAAAUAAUUCCAAGACAGGGGACUAAUUUUCACUUAAGCA